AUGAUCUUAGCUAGAAAACUUUAUAUCAAGCUGAAUGGUGUUGUCUUUACGCUGGCCGUUUUUCUCUGUCACGUCUGGCUAUGCUCCAGUUACUCGAGAAGAAAGUACUACAAACGCCCAGUGAAACCGAAUAUUGUAUUUGUACUUGUCGACGAUUUGGGCUGGGACGACAUUGGUUAUCACAACCCAGAUAUUAUAUCACCUAAUUUGAACAAACUGGCAAACAAUGGUAUUAAACUGGAUAAUUACUAUGUGCAGCCGACUUGUACACCGUCUCGUAGUCAACUUCUUACCGGUCGACAUUUGAUACACAUGGGAUUUCAACAUACCAACAUCAAACCCAUGGAACCGACUGGUUUACCAUUAGAUAGUCCUACGUUGGCAGAGAAACUGAAAGAGAAUGGUUAUACUACACAUUUAAUUGGUAAAUGGCAUCAAGGCCAUUACGCCCAGAAGUAUCUACCAACUAACAGAGGAUUUGAUUCUUUUUAUGGUCUCCUCACUGGCAGUGGCAACCAUUACACACAUCGGCGCUGUUUCCUGGGUUACUGUGGAUAUGAUCUUUGGAAUAAUACGACACCCGACUUCAGUUACAAGAAUAAGCGAAUAUAUUCAACUCAUCUCUUCACAAAGAAAGCGGCUCAACUCAUUAGAAAACACAACACUAAAAAACCAAUGUUCUUACUCCUGUCCCUGCAAGCAGUACAUACCCCUUUGAAGGUGCCACUGAAGUACAAAGAACUCUACAAGAAUUCUUGGAUACCCUCAGGAGAAAGGAGGAGACUAGCAGGAAUGGUGUCCUGCAUUGAUGAAAGCAUUGGAUAUCUCAUUACGCUCCUCAAGAAGAAAAUGAUGUGGAAAAAUACUAUCUUUGUGUUUUCAACAGAUAAUGGUGGCAGCACAAUAAAGGGAUCAUCAAACUGGCCCCUUCGUGGUGGAAAAGGCCGGUAUUGGGAAGGAGGUAUACGCGGUGUAGGAUUUGUAUAUAGCAAGCUAUUAAAACGAAAUCGUAUCAUUUCAAGACAACUAAUACACAUAUCAGACUGGUUCCCAACAUUUGUGCGACUGGCUGGAGGCAGUCUAAAUGGAACCAAGGAUCUUGCUGGUUAUGACCAGUGGAAAAGUAUCAGUUAUGGUACCCAGACAAAACGUAAAGAGAUACUGUUCAACAUAGACUCCUGCCACUAUCCACAUGGUGAUAAAUUGUCAGGUACAAAAUUUGACACAAGGAUCAAAGCAUCGAUUCGAUUUGGAGCAUGGAAAGUUAUGACAGGCAAACAAGGUCGCGGUCACUGGUUGGCACCCCACUACAUGAAGGAUUUAACCAUGCAAGACAGAGAUCCUCCAGAGAAAAAUGUCUGGAUGUUUAACAUUGCCAGAGAUCCGUUGGAAAGGAAAGAUUUAUCAGAUGCUUAUCCUCAAAAGCUGCGAAUGAUUUUAGACAGACUUGCAUUUUACAAUAAGACAGCUGUUCCCUGUCAUAAUCCUUAUAUGGAUCUGAGAGCAGAUCCAUUUGCAAAUAAUGGUGUAUGGGGCCCUUGGAUGUAAAAUAAAUAUCUAUCACUAAGAAUUUGUAUAUAGUAAGUAUAAAAAAAAACUGUUUCUCUUUGAGAAAGGAUAAAGCAAAAAAUUACAUAUUUA